AUGGCUAGACCCAGGAUAAGAUGCGCUGACCUACCGAUCUUUUCUGGAAUAGCCAACGAGUGGCUGUCAUUCAGAGCAGCCUAUCAAGACUCUACGAGGAUAUACCAGAUAUCAGCGAACGAGAACCUGCAGAGACUGAGGAGCUGCCUGCGGGGAGAAGCAAGAAACGUCGUAGCCGGCCUGUUACAUGCCGCUACAGAUCCUGACGUCGUGAUGAAGACCCUCGAACAGUGCUUCGGAAGGCCUGAGGUCAUCAUAGAUCAAGCCUUCCUGGAAUUAAAGAAGCUUCCGAGACCCGGAUCAUCAGCAGUAGACCUGAACAGUUUUGCAGUGAAGGUUCAAAGCGUAGUCAGCAUCCUGAACAGCAUCGGACGCCAGGGCUACCUCUACAACCCAAUGCUUGCGAGAGAGGUCUUGGACAAACUGAGUCCACACAUCAGAGCACGCUGGUGUGACUACUCCGAGGAACAUGAAGUUACACUACAACCAGAGAUUGUAGUGCUGUCUCGCUUUCUCAUGCGCGAGGCAGACCGGGCAUUGAAGCAUGCAUAUGCCCCACCUAUGAGCGUCUCAACACCUGCUGCAACCCGGAGGGAGACCAGACCCUCUACGAACACCGGGAACCAGAGGAAGAAGAUGAGCGCCGUGUAUAACGUGACUGAAGCUGAAGAGGAACAAGUCAGCCAAUGUCCUAGCUGUGAGCAGACUCACGCACUGCCACAGUGCCCCAAGUACAAAGGGCUCUCGCUAGAUGAACGAUGGGAACUGGUGAAGGAAAAGAAGUUAUGCUUCAAGUGCAUAACUAAGAAGCACAGACGCAGCAAUUGUAAAGCGAAGCUAUGCGGUGUGAACGAGUGUCGCAGUCCACACCAUCCGACCCUGCACCGAGAGGAGAAGACACCCAAACCCUUGAUAAGUGAAACCGAGGCCGUGCUGUCGGUGGCAACCAAAGCCACUGUGUCAACUCAAGCGGUUCUUCUGAAGAUGUGCCCAGUCACCGUCGUCGGGCCACGGGGGGAGGAGAAGACCUAUGCUCUACUGGACGAAGGGGCUACCAUCACCCUCAUCGACGAAGAGCUGGCAAAGAAAAUCGGCGCCAAGGGACCUCUCACACCACUUCACAUGCACGGGGUCAACAUGACUCAGCACGAGGAAGAUAGUCGGCUGGUUACGGUGCACCUGGAGGGGAAGGAUGGAAAGAGACACAAGCUUCGAGCACGAACGAUCAAGAACAUGAAGCUUCACCAGCAGUCCAUUCCCAGCGCGUUACUGAAGCAAGAACACCUACGAGAUCUGCCAAGAGAGGAAGUGUGCUACGACCAGGCACACCCUGGCAUCCUGGUGGGGACAGACCACUGGGAGUAUAUUGUCUCCCGGGAACUACGAGUUGGAGGCCCGAAUCAACCAGCCGCCUCUAGAACACAACUCGGCUGGGUGGUACACGGAACAGCACCACGCAGCGUAAUCCAUAACCAGGAUGGCGUUCUUCAUGUCUUCACUGUCGAACCUGGUGGAAGCUUGAAGGAGCAGCAAGACCAACGCCUUCAUGACCUGGUGGAGGAACACUUCCGGAUCGACGCGCUCGGCAUCGCUCACAAGUCACGGGUGAGCGAGGUGAACUCCCGGGCAACAAAGAUCGUCGAGCAAACCUUAAAGAAGGUCGAAGGUGGAUACCAGGUGGGAUUGCCCUGGAAACAAGACGACAUUAAGAUGCCGCCUAGUUUCGACGCAGCACUUCGCCGUCUUACGAAGAUAGAACAGAAGAUGGAUGCCGCACCUGCAUUCGCCAAAGAAUACACCAAACAGAUAGAAAACCUGCUUGCAAAAGGAUACGCUGUGCCAUGCAACGGCACGGAGCGUUCGAGCCCAGUCUGUUGGUACCUACCACACUUCGCCGUGCAGAAUCCAAACAAGCCGGGGAGACAAAGAUUGGUAUUUGAUGCAGCAGCCAAGAGCCGAGGGGUCAGCCUCAACGACUACCUACUGGAGGGACCUGAUCUACUGACGUCGCUUCAAGGCAUCCUGUUCAGAUUCAGGGAGCGACCAGUAGCCAUCACUGCUGACAUACAGGAGAUGUUUCUCCAAGUGAAGAUAAGACCGGAGGAUCAACCAGCACAACAGUUCCUGUGGAGGGGCGCCGACCGAGACAAUCCACCUCGCCACUACAAAAUGACGAGCAUGAUUUUUGGCGCAGCGAGUUCACCCUUCAUGGCCCACUACGUGCGAAAACACAAUGCACAGGAGCACGCGCAGACGCAUCCUCGUGCCUUGGAAGCCAUCACGAGGAGUCACUACAUGGACGAUUUGGUGGCGAGCUACGACACCACGGAAGAAGCUCGACGCGCCAUCCAGGAAACCAGGGAGGUGCACGCAGCGGCUGGAUUCACCCUACGUGGAUGGAACGCCAACGCAAAAGAAGUGAUUGGCGACGUGCCCACGCAGCUGCGGGCGACAUCACCGACGCGACUAGGAGGAGACGGGCCCGAGAACAAGAUACUUGGCCUGUACUGGGACGCCGAACGGGACGAGCUGGGGUUCAAUACCUCAAUGAACCGAGUUCCUGCGGAAGUACGCGCCCAGACCCGUCCGCCUACCAAGCGAGAGGCGCUCAGCGCGGUCAUGUCUUUGUAUGACCCCUUGGGACUGCUCAGCCACUAUACAAUAAGAGCAAAAAUCAUCCUGCAGAGUCUCUGGCGCAUGAAGAUGGAGUGGGAUGAACCAAUUCCUGCAGAAGAAAACGAAAUGUUUGAAGCGUGGCUGCGGCAGUUACCCGACCUCACCUGUCUGCGACUGGAACGCUGCUACGCCCUGGAGGGCUACCAGGGCCUGGAGCUACAUAUAUUUUGUGACGCCAGCGAGCAAGCCUACUCAGCCGUGGCUUAUUGGCGUGUCACACGACCCAAUGGAGCAAUUGCCGUAAGCCUCGUGACCGCCAAGGCGAAGGUGGCUCCAAGGCGCACACAAACGAUACCUCGCCUGGAGCUACAAGCAGCGGUCAUCGGCGCCAGACUGGCGGAAACUAUAAAGAAAGAGCAUCGUGUGGAGGUCCAGAGGACAAUGUACUGGACCGGCUCCACAACUGUCAUUCACUGGAUACGGCACGACGCGCGGAGGUACACACCGUUCGUCGCGCACCGGCUCGGAGAGUUGGCCGAGCUGACACAACCAGAAGAUUGGCGAUGGGUCCCAACCAGUGAUAAUGUAGCUGACGACGCUACACGAUUUGCGCACACUCGCAUCACCAGUGACGACCGAUGGUUCCGGGGACCAGAAUUCCUACGUCAGCCAGAGGAACUAUGGCCGGUCGAUGAACGAUCGACAGAAGAGGAGGAGGUCCUACUGCACGUGACCACAGAGGACCAGCAGGGCGACGAGUGGUUGCCGGAUCCUGCGCGCUUCUCCAAGUUCGAGACACUGGUCAGAGCAGCCGCGAGGGUGUUAGUGUUCGUGGACAAGUGUCGGCGUCGAGCUACGGGACUGGAGCAUCGACACAUCGAAAAGGCCGAGCGCGCACUCAUACGCCGCGCUCAAAAAGACAGCUUCCGAGAAGAGCUGCUACGGAUGAAGGCAUCACAUCCACUUCCCAAGGCGAGCCGACUGUUCCGGCUGGAUCCAGUGCUAGAGGAGGGAAUAUUGCGGGUGCGAGGCCGUAUAGGAGCCGCCACUGCACCGCUCGAAGUGAAGCGACCCAUCAUCCUCGACGGACGCCACCGCAUUACUAAGCUCAUAGUGCUACGAGAGCAUUGCGCUGCGGGUCACGCUAACCGUGAGCGUGUGACCAACGAUCUGAGGCAGCGGUAUUGGAUUAUACACCUACGACCUACUGUGCGCACCAUAGAAAGGGAGUGCGCCCUCUGCAGAACGAAGACCGGAGUCUUCAAGCGUCCCGUCACGAAGCUCGUCGUGCUCGUGAAGGAGGAGGCUCGCAGCGCUGCGCCGGGGGGAGAACUGUUACGGACGACGAGCAACGAG